AGAGUAGGAUAACGCAAUAUGAAGAAAGCCAGGAGCGCAUUCCACGUAGACUUUCAUACUACAAAAAUGCAAACACCACACCUCCUCCAAUCCAUCUCUUCUCUUCUCACAUCACACACACACACACACUAACUCGAGAGAGAGAGAGAGAGAUGGGAAUGGUCUCCUUCAUUUCUACAGUCCCUUCACUGGUGUCGUUGGUGCCAUCACCAUCCACCUCAGCACCCACUACUAGAUACAUUCACUCAGGCACUGUAAAUUGCAAAAUUGAAAGUGAUUGCGAUGAUGAGGAUCGCUUCUCGCGACGACGCGUUUUGCAUUGCUUCGGUGCUACCGUUGGCAUCGAAAUGAUAGCAAGAUCCAGCUCAUUAAUUGAAGUGGCAAAUGCCGCGGACUUGAUACAACGCAGACAACGUUCAGACUUUCAGUCGAAAGUAAAGGACACUCUUUAUAAAGGACUGAAGGGAAACCCAGUUCUCAUCCCCUCUGUAUUAACAUUGGCACUCAACGAUGCUAUAACUUAUGAUAAGGCAACAAAAACUGGCGGCCCCAAUGGAUCAAUACGGCUUAGCUCAGAGAUUAGCCGACCAGAAAAUAAAAACCUUGCUGCAGCUUUAAGUUUCUUGGAGGAGGCAAAGAAGGAAAUAGAUUCGUACUCCAAAGGAGGACCUAUAUCAUAUUCAGAUCUCAUCCAAUUUGCAGCUCAAAGUGCAGUUAAAUCCACCUUUCUGGCUUCAGCAAUUCGGAAAUGUGGUGGGAAUGAAGAGAAAGGAUCAUUACUGUAUACAGCAUAUGGUUCGAGUGGGCAGUGGGGCUUGUUUGACAAGCAGUUUGGGAGAUCGGAUGCUGAAGAAGCAGAUCCAGAAGGAAGGGUCCCUCAGUGGGAGAAAGCCACCGUUGAGGAAAUCAAGAAUAAAUUCACUGCUAUUGGUUUUGGCCCCCGCCAGGUGGCCGUGAUGUCGGCAUUCUUUGGUCCUGAUCAACUUGCUACUGAGGCACUACUUGCCUCAGAUCCACAAGUAUUGCCGUGGGUUCAGAAAUACCAGCGCAGCCGUGAAACAGUAUCACAAACGGAUUAUGAGGUGGACCUCAUCACCACUCUGACAAAGAUGAGUUCGUUGGGCCAACAAAUCAAUUAUGAAGCUUAUUCGUAUCCUGUACAGAAAGUCGAUUUCAGCAAACUCAAAUUAUAGAUCUCUUAUCCUUGCUGACUUAUGCGGUCCUCACAGAGUAGAAUUUGUGUUAUGAUGUUUUUCAUGCUUCAAAUUGGCAUAAUUGCUGUUGUGGUUUUGAGUAUUGAGAAUAGACUACGUGUGCCAUAAUUUUUUUUGGUGUAGAUGAACUAUUUUUGAUUUUAUUUAACCGUUUAUUUUGCAAUGAA